UUGAUCUUACCAGACAGAAUUCGUUCCCUUGUACUAGGGUUUCUCCGAUAAAGCUUAAUCUUCUUCUUCUUCUUCUUCCCAAAUCCCACUCAUUUCCUUCCUUCCUUCCUUCACAACUAUAAGCUUCAACUACCAUGGACGUUGGUUUCUCUCCCGGAAAUCACUGGUCUUUAUCAGUUGCCGAUUCAGACUUCGGCUUCGCUUUUAAUGACAGAAACUUCUCCGAUCGUGUUCUUCGAAUUGAAAUCGCAACUGAUGUACCCGAUAUUAAGUCCGAUGAUGGGAAUUGCAUCUUCGUAGUCGAUUGGGCGCGUAACCGUAAGAGGAGGAGGUUGGAAGAUACAACAAAGAAGGAAAAUGCUGAGGAACAUCCCUUAAACUGUAAUUUGCCAGAACAAGAUACAGAUGUUGUUAUUGCCUAUGAUAAUGAAGAGGAGGAACCUGUGGAGAUUCUUGAGGAAUCAACUUCAGUUAGGAAUAUUGAUCCUCCUGGUGAUGAAGCUGCUAAGAGUAUUGAACCAAAUCCAAACACUUCUGCUGUUCUUCAAGUAAAGGAUGUACACAUUAGUUCCCCCAUUUUAGCUGCAAAGAGUGUGUAUUUUUAUGAGCUUUUUUCGAAUGCAACAUUGAGGGAGUCAAAGCACAGACAAGUAACUCUUAGAAUCCUUGCAUCAGAAGAAGCUGCCUUAAUGGAACUCUUGAGCUUUAUGUAUAAUAAUACUUUGUCAACAAGUUCACCUUCUUCCUUGUUGGAUGUGUUAAUGGCUGCUGACAAAUAUGAAGUUGCUUCGUGCAUUAGACACUGUAGCAAGUUGCUAAGGAACUUGCCUAUGACCUGUGAGUCUGCCUUGCUCUAUCUCGAUCUUCCUUCCUCCAUUUUGAUGGCUGAGGCGGUUCAGCCUCUUGUCGAUACUGCUAAGCAACAUCUAGCUGGUCGCUACAAGGACAUUAUGAAAUACCAAGAAGAUGUUUUGAAAUUGCCUCUAGCUGGAAUCGAGGCGGUUCUCUCUAGUGACGAUCUCCAGGUAGCUUCAGAAGACACAGUAUACGAUUUCGUCCUCAAAUGGGCGAGAAUACACUACCCAAAAUCCGACGAACGCAGUGAUAUCCUAGGUACCCGUCUAAGCCACGUCAUCCGCUUCUCAUACAUGUCUUGCCGAAAACUGAGAAAAGUCCUAUCUUGUCCUGAUUUCAAUCCCGACGUUUCUUCCAAACUGGUUCUUGAAGCUCUCUUCUUCAAGUCCGAACCUCCCUACAGACAACGAGCUCUCGCAAUAGCCUCCAAAUUUUCCAACACUCCCUCUUGUUUCGUUGAGAGGGCGUACAAGUAUCGACCAGUAAAGGUCAUUGAGUUCGAUAAGCCCCGUCAGCAAUGUAUAGUCUAUCUGGACUUCAAACGAGAAGACUGCGCCCACCUGUUUCCAUCCGGUCGAGUUUAUUCUCAGGCGUUUCAUUUGGCAGGUCAGGGUUUUUUUCUUUCAGCUCAUUGUAAUAUCGAUCAGCAAACGACUUUGCACAGCUUCGGGCUGUUCUUGGGGAUGCAGGAGAAAGGGUCUGCGUCUAUUUCAGUCGAUUACGAGUUUGCGGUUAUGUCGAAACCGAGCAAGGAGUUUAGUAGGAAGUAUAAGGGGAAUUAUACUUUUACGGGUGGGAAGGCGGUUGGUUAUAGGAAUCUGUUUAGUAUGCCUUGGACAGCGUUCUUAGCCGAAGAUAGUGUUUAUUUUGUCGAUGGGAUUCUUCAUCUUAAGGCGGAGCUCGCCAUUAGAAAAUGAAAACUCGAUCUUUCUUUAGGUUAGAUGGAAUACGAUAUGUUUUUUCUGUUGUAAACAUUUGGAAUGUAAUAGAUGUGCCAUUGAUAAUUGGCUUAUCGUGUCGGUUUUGUAGAUAAAUUUAAAUUCGGUUGUAUUUUAGAAAAUAAAGUUUUU